AUGUCGUCGUCCCUCGAUCAGCUGAAGGCUACCGGCACGGUCGUUGUCUGCGACUCCGGCGACUUCAACACCAUUGAGAAGUACAAGCCUCAGGAUGCCACUACCAACCCCUCCCUCAUCCUCGCCGCCUCCAAGAAGCCCGAAUAUGCCAAGCUCAUGGAUGUUGCUGUUGAGUACGGCAAGAAGCAUUCCAAAGAUAUUGACGCCCAGGUCGAUGCCACUCUAGACCGCCUGCUGGUUGAGUUCGGCAAGGAAAUCCUCAAGAUCGUCCCUGGCAAGGUCUCAACAGAGGUUGACGCCAGACUCUCCUUCGAUACCGAGCGCUCCAUUGAGAAGGCUCGUCACAUUAUCGAGCUCUACAAGGCUGAAGGUAUCGGCAAAGAACGCGUUCUGAUCAAGCUUGCUUCUACCUGGGAGGGUAUUAAGGCGGCCGAGGUCCUCCAGAAAGAGGGUAUCAACUGCAACCUGACUCUGAUGUUCUCGCUUGUCCAGGCCAUCGCUUGUGCCGAGGCCGGCGCCUUCCUCAUCUCUCCCUUCGUCGGCCGCAUCCUCGACUGGUAUAAGGCCGCAAUGAAGAAGGACUUCCCCGCCAACGAAGACCCAGGUGUCAAGAGCGUGGGUUCCAUCUUCAACUACUACAAGAAGUAUGGCUACAAGACCAUUGUUAUGGGUGCAUCGUUCCGCAACGUCGGCGAGAUCACCGAGCUUGCUGGCUGCGAUUACCUUACCAUCUCUCCCAACCUGCUUGAGGACCUCUACAACUCCAAGGACGAUGUUCCCAAGAAGCUCGACUCUGGAGCUGCGGCCCAGCUUGAUAUCGCCAAGAAGUCCUACAUCACGAACGAGGCCGACUUCCGCUUUGACUUCAACGAGGAGCAGAUGGCUGUUGAGAAGCUGCGGGAGGGCAUCAGCAAAUUCGCCGCCGACGCCGUCACGCUCAAGGGCAUCCUCAAGGAGAAGCUCGAGAAGGCUUAA